AUGAUGCAAAUCAUCCCCAUUAUGGUGGCAAGUGUUUUCAUGUACCAUUUCAAGAAGAUGGUACCAUUUACUCCAUCCUCAACCAACAUGGAUACAUAUGAAGACAUAAGCAUAUACGACCUGUAUCUUGAUGAAAAUAUGGAGCUUGAAGAAACAUCUAUGAAACGGAUUUCAGACUCUCUUGGUUCGUUGAUCCAAAUAGGGAAGGAGGAGCAACCUAAGAGACUGAUAAAGCUUCUUGAAAACUUUGUCGGAUUCGAGGGGGUAGAGAAAUUCAACCUAUAUCAAGUGGAACCUUUACUACCUGCUGAACUUCCUCGUAGUUGGAGCUUGGCAGUAGUAAGCUUAACAUGCAUCGCCAUUGUUCUUCCGAGUAUCGAUAGGGACAUAACCGACAACUUAUUUGAAAGUGUUGCUGAGGGUCUCUUUUACACAAAUCUUGUGGAGGAGAGCUUGUGUAAUGCAUCGUCUGAGCUUGUAAACGCUCAAAUGGCGGCAAGGAAGCUGUGGGGUGAAUUGGACGACAACUGCAUGUGGGUGGAGAGAAGUGGAUAUCAAGGGAAAACAACCAUGGAUAUUCUUGGGUGGUUUUCUAACAAAGCGAAAGAAAUUUUGGAUGGAGAACCGGUGCAUAACCUACCUUGGGAGUUCAUUGUUAUGAAUUCAAUGUACCGCAUUGCACAUUCCAUCAUUAUGGUUACCACCCAAGAAGAAGAAGCAGUGAUUACUGAAGACCAUUUGUUUACGCUGUUAUCUCGAAUGAUAGCUGAUAUCUUGCUAGCCUGCUACACCAACAUACCACAACUAAUUAUAAAUAAAUGCCACCAAAGUGCCCAGGAGAAUCGCAAGGCCAAGGCCGGUGUUGAGGCUAUAGCCAAAAUGCUUGGUGAGAUGGCCACGAUAAUAAGUAUACUUGAGAACCGUGACCUGCCGAGUAUGGAACCCCAUAAGCGGCCAUUUAUUGACCAAUGGCGUUGUUAA